AUGGAGCAGUCCAGACCAACAACGACAGUCACAUCAGAUUCUUCAGGAGUUGGUCAAGGCGCAUCAAAUGAGAGAUUCCAUGAUCUACAACAGGUAUUUGAAGUGCCUUUUAAGUAAAUUUUUCAUGCUCUUUUGUGGCUUGCCCUUAUUCACGAAUCCCGCUAUCUUUGCAUGCACCUUAGGAGUGUUGGGAUAAAAGCUAUGUCACGUGGUAUUUCAGAGGGCAAACAAGUGAUAAAAUUUGCCAGUAUGAGUUAUCACAGUUGAAUUUGUUUAUUCUCUCAAAAGAAAAGGACAAUUAACAUAAAGUCAUGCAAAUUGUGCAGGCGAGUUAAAUUUUGGCCAAGUUUUACGUCAUUAAUGCAUGCUGUGAGAACAUCUAUGCUUUCUACUGCUUCCAAGAAUGUAACAAUGAUUACUUCCACCCAUAACGUGCCACUACCAUCUUCAAGACAAAAAGUUCUUCAUUUCCUGUUAAACUAUUCUUACUUAAUAUAUAGCUGUACAACUAUUGCACAGCACAUAAGCAGUUAUUUUCAGGCUUAACAGCAUGGCUCUAACUAAAAGUUUAGCUAAGCUUUGGAGGAUUCAUAAAGCCAGUCUGUUACCUGUACAUUGCUUUCCUGUGGUUUUUUGGUUCUGACAGAAUUUUGAGCUCGGAAGUAGUUUACUUUUCCAAUGAAACAUUUUAUCAGUCUAAGUUAAUCUAUUUGGUUGUUUGGUUUCAUGUAAAGAAUGCUUCCUUUCUCAUUAGAAAUUAAAGCUCUUCUUUUCUUUUGUUUUAUGAAGCAACACCGGCACAUGUAGGAAUAACUAAACUCCCCGCUGAAAUCUAGAGAUAGAAUCUUGGUUGACAUAACAGCCAAUCACGUAUCAGAGGUUUUCCUCAACAUUCCAGGGAAACCAGAACACAAUUAAUGACAGCACGACACAGAUGUCCCUCUUCCCCCUUUUUUUUGAGGAGAGGAAGCAGCUCUUCACAGGCUGUAAAAAAUUUGGAAAAAUUCAGAACUAUCCAUAAUGUCAUAUGAAGAGCAAAUACAUUUAUGUGCAUAUGUGCCAUUCAUAUAUAAUAAAUUAUAUCCAUUGCUUAGAAUAUCCUUAUUGUAUUUUUGAAAGAACAGUAGUUUAUUUUAAUAUGAUAAAUAAGCAUGGUAUUGAGAAAGUCAACUGACAUUUCAAUUGGCAUUUUAUGUUGUAUUCAGGAGUACUUAGAACAGUGGCAUUCACUAGCAAAUUUAGAAUCUGAUUUGCCAUCUGAGACACAUUCCGAAGAACAGCAAGAAUCUUCAGCAUUUUUUCAGAACAAUGGAUCUGGUGCUAGCACACAAGGUGCUGAACCGAAUGAUGAUCAUCAAGAAAAGGUAUGGGUGUCUUGGAGAAUAUUACAAGUAUCAACAAUAACAAUAUUAAUAAUUAAAUAACAUUACUAAUUUUCCUUAUAAAUCACAGAAAAACUCCGCUCAAAUAUAGUAAUGAACUAGUCUAGGCAGGAAACCAUGAUCACCAGAAAUAUUUGACUUGUUAUUCUUUUUUCAAGAAAAAGCCAAUCAGGCGUGAGAAAACUAAACUGCAAGCCACACACUAAUAAGUUUGUGGUUUUAUGUUUAGUUGGCAUGCCCUGAUCUUUGCUGUGAUUGGUCGUAACACAAUAAACAUUACUGAAAUAUUUCAAGUGUUCAGGGUUUGUCGGUUUGAAAGUAAUAUAAACCCUCAGGCAAUUAACAAGAUUGUCCAAUAGUGGCCAGAAUAGUCCAUUUUCAUGUAUUAGGUCUGCCAGAAAUGGCAGGAACACUACACGUCCAGCUUGCACCAUUAAUACUCACAGUGCACAGGCUCUUCAUUCUAUGCUCUUUUUUAAAAACCAUGUCGGUUCUUUAUGUCCCUUUUGAGUUGAUAAGGUAGGUUGAAGGGGACGAUGCUGCCAGAUUAAUUAUGUCAACCAAUGAUGUGAUCUUCUGAACUGAGGCAAUGUCUCAUUACAGCAAGCAUAGGGCCACUCUCUUAGCGGAGUACAUGUACCUAUGACCCUCGUCUGAAUUUUAAAUACAGUCAUUUUACAUUUUGAGGAGUAGACUAUGUCCUUGCCGGUAUUUAACUGUCCCAUCUUUAUGUCAUUUGUCAGCAUUUCAUCUAGUCUUAUGUUGCUGUUUAAGGCCAUGUUGCUUGUCAGAAUUUUUCCCUAACAGGGCCUUAAGCAUGAUCUUACCAGGUUUUUAAUCUGUGGUUGCUGUUCUAACCGGAACUUGAGCAUACAACCUUCUUCCAGUAGACUUAUCUUAAAAAAUGGUUGGGUGGGAGUGAAAAGAGGGGGAACGAUAAAGAAGGCGACAAUCUACUAGAUAGUUAGUACUCAGGGCAUAUAGUGGUUUUGUUUACUAUAGUUAUUUAUUAUUUCUUUUAUGGGACAUUUUUUGUCACACUUGCAGAUUGUUUUUUUAAGAUCUUGAUUUUUUUUCCUUCAGGAUGGAAGCGAACAGUGGUUUAUUCUAGACGAGGAAGAUUCUUCUGAGGUUGUUGGAUCUGAAGUCAGAUUUGAAAAUGAAGAAGUAAACAAGACCAGCACCACCAACCCAGAUGAAAACAUGAAGCAAAAUGGAGACAACUCCGCCCAUGUUAGUGAAAUCUUUCUGAGGGAAUGUGAUUUGUUCCACCUAUCAGUAGUUUCAAAGGGUACUAAUGACUUGUUGUGGGGAUUAUUCCAAGGGGUACCUGGAAAAAAGCCCCAUGUCUUGUAGGGUGUGUUCCUUUGGAAUGAUCUGGAUCAGGAUUGGUGAUCUGCAAUCACUCGGACCAUGAUGAAUCCUUUCCCAGGGUGGAUUCAACAGUUCCUUUGAUUUGCUAUGAUCUGAGUGAUCUUAGAUCAUGGAUCCUGAACAGGAUCAUCCCAAUGGAGCGCUUCCUUAAUUAACUUGAAUUCGCUUAAUAUGAACCUAAAGGAGAACUUGAUGUUAGAACAAGUGUUGAUAAAAUGAUUGUCAAUUCAGCCAUCAUGAACUGGUGGUCAUCUAAAAACAUGAUUGGUUUGUUUCUGUUUGUAUGUUGUCAAUAAAGGACAUGCGUACAAAAGAAAUCCCAUGCAUUUGUCUUAGUACCGUAAAGGCACAUUAUUUUUGGGCACGAGUAAAGCCAAGCCAGGUUGCAGCAAAAAUGCUGUCCAGUAGCUUGGUGCUAGUGGAUCGACAAGUCAGGUUAUCUUGAUUUUAUUACAAUUUACUUGGCGGGCAAGCAGCCUUUGCCGAGAAACAGUAAAUGUUAGUGAAGAUGGGGAUUGGUAGGCUAGCAGUAACACUGCUCCAGGCUAGUAAACUUUUUGAAAUACAACAGCUUGCCUCAUCUCUGACACCCUGAAGCCUUUUUAAAAACGUUUCAUUUAUGUGAGUACAAUAAUAAUUUCUUGUAGCUGUCCCCAUAUGCUGAACAGUGGUAUGAACUGGAACAACUCAAGGCAAGUGUUAGGUCCUUAAGCCAUGCUGCAGGCCUACCACAGUCACCCCAACCAUCAGCUCUGCUUACAGACGAAACAUUAGCAAGUGGUUUGAGCAGUGGUUCAUUGAGUGUUGAAAAUCUUGAUGAGGUUGGACUGCAAAACACUGAGGCAUUGCAACAAGAAACUGCAACAGCUCAGGAUGGUAAGUGUUCCUGGGAAUCAUGGUUAUGGUAUCAAAUGACUUUAUGAAUCCUCUUCCAGGAAGGAUUCGUCGUUUCCUUGGAUGUGCUAUGAUCUGAGUGAUCUCGGAUCCCAGAUCCUGAUCCGGAUAAUCUUAAUGGUAUGCACGCACUUUCUACUCCAAGAGUUGAAACUAUGGAAAAAAUACAGAGAUACUGGACUCUGUGGAAGAAAUCUUGGGAAGUGACCAUUCAACCGAAACUUCUUCUUCACUUCUUUAUCCUAUACACCAUUUGUAUUUCAGUAUGAAAAUUAAAGAUUAAAAUUUAGCAUUUUCUUAAAUUUGGAAGCCUCUAUUUUUUCUCAGUUAGGAUCUCAUAACUGUGCUUUUACGUUAGUUGCUGAGAUUUCUUUCUUUCCGUGAGAAACUGGUCUUGCUUGUAAUACCUACAUACGCUGAAAAAGAAGCACCAUGCAGCGUGUUUAAAUAAGUAUAGACAAUUGACUUUGCUCGGUACUUUGUACAGACAACCGACUUUGCUCGGUAACUUUGUUUUCACAAGGCCAACUGCUUAAUGUAGGCAAAUGCGAUAAAACCAAUGCAGUACUCUCCCACAUGAAAAUAGUCAUACGAAGUGAUAGUAAGGAAACUGAUCUUUCCUCAUCUUAAAAGCUCUUUUCAGCCUUUUGUAUCCAUUUUCUAUCUUAACAGAGCGUGUACAAGAGGAUGAUCCAGGUGACAGUGGUACUUCCUUCAGCAUGGAAGAGUCUGGCGCAGAACCAAAACUACCAGCAAGUGAAUGGUUUCCUCUGAGACCGAACGCUGUAGGAGAAGAUGAUGAAGACUCUAGUCCUGUCACAAAUGUUGGAGCAGUCACAGCUACCCAUGGAUCAAACAGUGGCGACAGAUUACAAAAUAUACCACAUGCUUGGUCAGAUGAUGACAGCAAACAUUCGCCACCAGAGAGAUCACAACCUGACGGAAGAGACGGUCCUGACCUUAAACGGACGCCUUGGAUGGCUAGCAAUCAACCAGCUGUCGUGCCUUCUUCGCAGAGCUCAGACAUCGACAAUGGGACUGCUGCUAGUAAAGACAGUGCAAGUGAUGUGUCUGUACUAUCACAACCACAGAGUGACCACAACAUCACACCUCUGGACAUCAUUGCGAGGAGUGUUCCUCCUACCAAGAAAGGCGUAAGCCUCAUGAGCGAGUUGAGGCAGCGACGCGCCCCUCAGUUGAACAGUGACAGUGAUACUGAGAGUCCAGUAUCCAAACUGCUUGGUCCAAACUUUCGUGCAGUACAACAAGUGCUGGAUAGACUGAAACAGGAAAAGCUGACUGGUAGUGUUAGUGACGAGGCAGAAGAAGUGGCUUCUGAAAGACAGUCCUUGACAGAAGAGAGUUUAAGGUCCACGUCAAGCGCUGGACUGCCCGCUUCUACUAGUAUGUCAAGAGUCCAUGAAGCACAAUGGACGUCACAGGCAAAACCUCGCUCCUCCAUUGAGCGAUUGAAUAGACUUGAUGCACCUUUUUCAAGAGCUUCCACUCAUAACGAAGAACGUUUGGGAGAGAGAUAUUCGCUUGAUGAUAUUAAUCGGAGGUUUUCCGAUAGCAAUAUUGCUCUGGGUAACGCCACGGAAGGAAGUGAAACCACACGCGUAUCGAACUGGUCAAGUGCAAGAGUCCCUUAUGAUUCAAGCGAAAUGAGCCCUGCCGAUGCAGUUCCAAAGUCAAACUUAGAACCAGCUGCCAAAAAAUCACCGCAUGAUUUAUUGCGGUUCAGUUCUGAAGCCAACAGUGACGCCAUUGUACGAAUGCCCACUUCCACCCAGCCCACCGCCGAAAAAUCCUCACUAGAGCUGAUGCGGUUCAGUGCUGCAGCUACAAGUGCGAAUGUUAGGAUGCCUUCAUCAACCCAACUCGCUGUCAAGGAAUCAUCUCAAGACCUGAUGCGAUUCAGUUCGGCUGCCAGUAGUGCCAUGAAUGAUAGGAUGCCUGCAUCAGCCCAACUAACAAUUAAGGAAUCAACGCAAGACCUGAUGCGGUUCAGUUCUGCAGCUAGUAGUGCCACGAAUGUUAGGAUGCCGGCAUCAACUGAACUUGCUGUCAAGAAACCGUCUCAUGAUCCAGCGCGCUUUAGUUCUGCUACUAGUAGCGUCGCAAAUGGUAGGAUUUUAGAGGACAAAUAUCCUGCAGCUUCCAUUGACAAACGUGAAGUUUUUCCCCACCACAAUUUAAUUGUUGAUGGACCGGUUGAUGCAUUACCUGCACCCCUUUUGCCAACUACUAACAGAUAUUCACCCGCGCAAAGUUCACGCAGUUCUAUAGAAACAAGCUUAAAGACUUCGCGAAUCGCUUGGGGAGAGCAUGUUACACCACCUUCGACUACUACAGACAUGAUUGGUAGAAAAUCUCAUGAAGUACUUCAUUCGGACACGCGUGCGUUAUUGGAACCCUUACACGAUCUAACACCUCCUAGCACUGUUGGAAGCAGCAUUCCAAUGGAAAGUAGAAUACCGACAAGUUCGUCCAGGGAGUUGUCUGGUCACAGUCCCAAGCAAGCAGAUAGCGUAUUGGUAUCUGGCAAAACCAGCGGAAAUCUCAGUGACAGAACAGGAGCUUCAUCUUAUUAUCCAAACGGGACAGAACGAGAAGAAAGACAAACACUACAGAGUGUAGGCGGUGUGCAACAUGUACGUGACAGUGAUGCAACUGCAUCCUCAGAUGAUACGGAUGAUCUCCUGUCAUAUGAGCCAGUGGUGGAAGGCGAUCGUCAGUAUUUGCGCAUGCGCAUGCAAAGACAGUCGAAACAUUCAGAACAUAGCCAGAAACGGUCUGAGGAAAUGGAGAAUGGUGACAGAAGAAUAGUUGCAGGAAGGUCUAGGGAAAUAGAUACUGCUCCUAGACUGCCUGGUAAAGACGAAUCAUCUUCCAUUCCGGAAAGGCAGAGUCAGGGUGGUGAUCUUGGUACUCCAAUACAACUGGAUGACAGUCAUAUCAAGUCCUUACACUGGUCUCUCGGAGCAGGUACCAUUUCUCCCAUAUCUGUCACUAGCUUAGGUCAGUUGAGUUCACAAAAGGAAAAGUCGUCCACACCCCUGGGUCCAAUUACAGAACGAUCCAGCGUACUAGAGAAUGGAACGUUGCAAGAGCAGAGUAUUGAAGAAGACGACGCCUCAGCUCAUACCAAUGAUCGCAAUUUGACUGCAUCGAAACAUACUGGUAGCCAUUCAACUACUGACUUCUCAUCCUCAGAUGAGAUGUACAGGCCCGUUUUAUAUCGGGAUGGCUUGGAGAACCAGGAAAACCAUACCUCGUCGUACGGUAUUUACGACAUACGGAGGUCGUCUGGUCCUGGAAGCACGAACAGGCGUCGUAAGGCUCUUGGUCUUGAACCUAACCCUGCACGAGAAAAUGCCAGUCAAAACCGUGGGGGCAUGGUUUACAUUUCAGGGGACUCUACACCAAAUAGUGUUCGAGAUGGCAGUAGGCAGCCGUCAAGGGAAGACGUUGAUUUAGCUGGAAGUGCAGCCGUUUAUCGUGAAACAACUCAACCAGGGCUGGAAUAUUACGAAGGUCGUAUGGAAAGGGAUGAAGGGUUGAGGAGGCCGAGAACGAAAGAUUAUGGGAUGGUAAGAGAAUCGAAUGUUCGCAAAGGUAAAAAGGCACGUGAGGUGCUGAGAAAAAGCGAUUUCCAUCAUGACGACGAUGAUUAUCUUUCACGUGAGGAAAGAAGGUCUGACCGUUCGCAUGGUCACCAGUCACGCCCUUCCGCUAGUCAAGACGCGUCUGUCCGUAACCGUACGUCAGAGCGAACGCCAGAGCAAGCACUUGAUAUUAGAGAAAGAUCAAGGCGGUUAGCUGGGCAGUAUAUGGAAAGCACAGAUUCAAAAGGUACCGACCAUUCUGCCGGUGGAAGAUCCGGUAGUUCAAGAAAAUCACGAUCAAAGUACCCUGCUGACAGUCUUGUUUCUUCCUCCCUUCAAACGCGGUCAGAACAGGCAUCGAGGAGUAGAAAGCACCAUGAUAGCAAGUCUCGUCAUCGCUCUCGCGAUGGGAAAGACUCGCAUGCAAGGCUAGAUGCCAAUAUUUCCAAGUUGUCCUCUCUUAUCUCAAAGUCGACAGACGAGAGUAUUUCCUCGUCCUCUCAGAUGUCCGUCAUCCCUACGUCCAGAUGGCCAAGUAAAAGAAGUAAAAGACACAAGACGAGCUCGUCGAGUGGUUCGUCGGACGUGUCUGAGUAUUUCAAUUACGCCUUCAUGGAGCCUCAUCUGCGCUCCUCCAUCAAACAUAAGAUACGCCUGAGGGAAUUGCUCAAGUCUGUCAAGGCACGUGAUAUCUCGCCAAUCGUCAGAGUUCGAGAAAACACUUCAACUGAGUCUGCGUCAUUUGUAUCGAGUGAUGGAACAGCUGGAAGGGAAAGAGAAGAAGAGACACCAGAGAGAGAAAGAGGGGCACCUUCAGAAGUGACACACCCUCCGAGACCACAAGCAUUCGAUAUACCCAUUUCUACCUCCAGACCUACAGGGUCAGAGCCACAAAUCCCAUGCACCUGCUCGCAAAGGCCUGUCGCACAGACGGCUGCUUCAUAUGGUCUCAGGGCAAGAGAAGAAAUAUACAAUGGCAUGGAGUUUGGCAUGCCAAAGAAACGAGAUGUUGGUGUCAAUAUCCCUACUCCAGUCGUCUCAAGGAGCCAGUCUCCCAGCUCCGAUUAUUCACGGCAGCAUGAAGACGCUAGCACGCAAACGGAAGAGGUUGACAUCAGACGAAGAGGAAAGAGACUGGUUGACAGUGAACCCAUGAAAUCCCAGCGUAAGUCAGCCAAGAGUCCUCUUAGAGAUGCCGAAGAGUUUGGAGUUAUUUCUCAGCCCUCGCCCUCAAAGUCAGAUUUCAUAUACCGAGUGGACCAUCGAGAAUCUAAGCAUAAACCAAAAGAGCGAUUGGUGGCCAGUCAGAACUCUCCGGGUCACGGUGCAAAAAAAAGUUCAGACCGAACUCUUAGGGCACCACUUCCCACUUGGUUUCUACCUUUAACGAGCAAAACGCAGACCGAAAAAAGAACGGAGACAAAUUUCAAGACGCCGAGUAGAAGUCGCACUAGUGAUGAAUUACGAGUGGAUGUGUUCGAUUCUGCGGUUAAUCCGUCUCCUUCUCUUCAGAAACUUAGCCUUCAAGAAGCAUUUCUGUACGCACGACCUCAGUUUGUGAAGCGUUCACAGGAGAGAGUGGCAAGAAUUGAAGAGGCUGCACGAGAGAAAGACAGACGUAAAAUGAUUGCAGAAACUGCUGCAGAGGAAAACAGGAUCGCAGAGGCUCAGAGAGCAAAACGUCUGGAGUAUGUUGUUUCUCCUAAGUUCAAGCCGCGUGUAAAGGGUGCUGGUGAGUGAGGCUGUUGUUUUCUUGUCGCUAAGCUUGUAGUGAACUUCCCAUUCUAGGCGACGCGUAACCAGUAGACCUCAUCGCCUGAAGACUAACCGUACCGUAUUUACUCGAACUAGUACUUACCAAAGGUUAGGAAGUGAAGGCGACAACGUAUCGAAAGUCCAAACGCUUUUCCUCCAACGCUGUGCUUUGCGUAAGUUUCACGUGACAGAUGGUCAAAACACGCGUAAUGAUCUUCCGUCACUCACCAGAACUUCGAAAUUUUUAAAAAAGUGUAAAAAACAUUUUACCCUCCGCCUGCGGUUUAUUGAUUUACUCCAUUAUUAUAAAGUUGUUGUGCACUUUCAUGGAAUUAGGUAUUGAUAGUCAAAACAUUUCCUGUACGACCUUGAUGAUUUUAUCCUCUCGAAGAGCUGUUGGAGUUAUGGUGCUUAAAUUUGUGUUACAUUAUACGAUGAUUCAAACUUUUUGUAAUCCGCCUUUAGAUCAACUUCAUGUACCUAAACCAAGGCAGAUGACUCGAGCAGAGAUAAAAGAAUUGAACAAAAGGUAAAUCAGCUGAAGAACUUUUACAAAAUGAAGUAAACUGAUUAACUUUAGUAGACCGGUAGUCUUGUCGCCAGGGCAGAGUUUGUUCAAAAGGUGGAUAGCGCUAUCCGCUGGACAAAUCUCUAUCCAGUGGAUAGCGCAAUUUGUUUCUCUAAUGUUUAUCCGCUUGAUAUUUUUUUAUCCCAAGGAAAGCGCUAUCCAACGCUUGAACACCAAGGGCUAGAACUUGUUUUCCCCGUUGUCAGCACCUAGGAAGCCGGCUGUCGUUCACGGGCUCUGAGCUGGAGAUUAGAAAAUGGGUUUCUUUUUGCAUACUGUUCAUCACGACUAAAAGUUCCUCUACUACUUUUGAAUUACGUUAUCCAGGAGAAUUCUCCAUUUUUAGAACAAUUAAAAAAUGACUUCAUUUGAGAGACAUUAGGGCCAUUUAUACGAGGAAAAAUAAGACGCGUCUUACAUAAGACGCGAACUGUACCAUUCAUACGAGCGCGUCUUAGCUAAGCCGCGUCUUAUUUUAGACGAAAUGUGCCGUUUAUACGGAAAGUUCGCGUCUUAUUUUUCCUCGUAUAAAUGGCCCUAUUGUAUUCGCACCGUGCAAGAGACAGGACCGUCCCGUCUAUGUUCCCCACUUUCGCAGUGCCGAUGAAACCCCUCUUUUGAGCCACAAUCUUUUGCUUAUUCAUUGUUUAAAAUUCCCUUGGGUAUCACAGUCAUCUCGAGAGAAAUUUAAAACAUCUGCAACAAUCCUUGUGCAUUUUAUUUUGGUGCAAACCUUAACCCCGCCGCCGGUUUCGUUUGAACGCGGUGUUUUGCCACUGGUGUACGCUUUGACAAUCUAAUCUUCGUCUUUAAUGUUUCUUCACCUCCCCCUAUAGACUGUACAAGAAUCUACCUGAGGUAAAAGCAAAAAAUGAGCAAGUGAAGCGACAAGCUUUUUACCGAACAAAUAGACUGCGAGCACAAUUGUACGGCAAGGUAUGAUCUGAUUAAAAAGUUGAAGAUUUCUCUUUUUCGCAGUGAAAGACUUUUUAUCUGACGUGCUUUAUUUUUCCUUCCUCUAGAGAGUUCGCAACCGCCUCAAAGGUGCUGGGAAUUAACUAAAAAUAUUAAUAGUUAUUUUGAAAUUGUACAAGAAAACUUUUAACGACUUUCGCUUUUCAUCGAUACCACUGCUUCUCUCCUUAAAGGACAUAACUUGAACAAGUUUGUAAUCAAUUACAUGUAUAAAAUCUUACGUACAUUUUAUGUAACACUACGAGAAAUAAUAUGGAAUUAAUAAACUUAAUUUAAACUCAAGACUUGCU